CGAGCCGCGCCCGGGAAGAUGCUGAGCCGCUGGAUGAGCGGCAGCAGCAGGAGCCUGGAGCGGGAGUACAGCUGCACCGUCAGGCUGCUGGAUGACAGCGAGUACACCUGCACCAUCCAGAGAGAUGCCAAGGGUCAGUAUCUGUUUGACCUUCUCUGCCACCACCUAAACUUACUGGAGAAAGACUACUUUGGAAUUCGGUUUGUGGACCCAGACAAGCAAAGGCAUUGGUUGGAGUUUACAAAGUCUGUUGUGAAGCAGAUGAGAGCCCAGCCUCCAUUCACCAUGUGUUUCCGUGUGAAGUUCUAUCCCACCGACCCUGCUGCUCUGAAAGAGGAAAUAACCAGGUAUUUAGUCUUCCUGCAGAUCAAAAGAGAUCUCUACCAUGGCCGCCUCCUCUGCAAGACAUCGGAUGCUGCAUUGUUAGCCGCCUAUAUCCUUCAAGCCGAGAUUGGGGACUACGACCCCGGGAAGCACCCAGAAGGCUACAGCUCCAAGUUCCAAUUUUUCCCCAAACAUUCAGAAAAGCUGGAAAGGAAAAUUGCAGAGAUUCACAAAACAGAACUCAGUGGUCAGACACCAGCUACUUCAGAGUUAAAUUUUUUAAGAAAAGCCCAGACCCUGGAGACAUACGGAGUUGACCCACACCCGUGCAAGGAUGUGUCAGGAAAUGCGGCAUUUUUGGCCUUCACUCCCUUUGGUUUUGUUGUUCUGCAGGGAAACAAGAGAAUUCACUUCAUCAAAUGGAACGAGGUAGCCAAAAUGAAAUUCGAAGGAAAGACAUUCUGUUUAUAUGUAAGUCAGAAAGAGGAAAAGAAAAUUGCUCUUACUUAUUUUGCUCCAACACCAGAAGCGUGCAAGCACCUCUGGAAAUGUGGGAUAGAAAACCAAGCUUUUUACAAGUUGGAGAAGUCAAGCCAGGUCCGCACAGUAUCCAGCAGCAACUUAUUCUUUAAAGGAAGCCGGUUCCGAUACAGUGGCCGAGUUGCAAAAGAAGUGAUGGAAUCUAGUGCCAAGAUCAAGAGGGAGCCCCCAGAAAUUCACAGAGCAGGAUUGGUUCCUAGCCGCAGCUGCCCUUCCAUCACUCACGGGCCAAGACUCAGCAGUGUCCCCAGGACUCGAAGGAGAGCUGUUCACAUAUCCAUCAUGGAAGGCCUGGAGUCUCUGAGGGACAGCGCUCACUCGACCCCCGUGCGUUCCACCUCACACAGCGACGCUUUCAUGUCCCAUGCGCGGAGUGGCAGAGCUGAGAGCAGCGAGAGAGUGGCAGUCAUCUCCGAUGAGACGUACAGCCCUGCCGACAGCCUGCUUCCCACGCCCGUGGCAGAACACAGCCUGGAGCUGAUGCUGCUCUCCAGGCAGAUCAAUGGCGCCCCCUGCAGUAUUGAAGAAGAAAAGGAGUCUGAAGCCAACACACCUACUGCAGCUGAGGCUGAUGAGAUGGGAAGCGAGUUCAGAGCCUUGUGUCAGGGUGUUGGUGGCAAUGGCGGGACACAAGCUGCACAGGUGAAUAAGUUUGUUUUAAGUGUCCUCCGUUUGCUCCUUGUGACAGUUGGACUCCUCUUUGUUUUGCUCCUUCUCCUGAUCAUCCUUACCGAGUCUGACCUUGACAUUGCCUUUUUCCGUGAUAUCCGCCAGACCCCCGAGUUUGAACAAUUCCAUUAUCAAUACUUUUGUCCCCUCAGGCGAUGGUUUGCCUGCAAAGUCCGCUCCGUGCUGAGCCUGCUCAUUGACACCUGAAGGCAUGACUCUUCCUAAUAACUAGCCAGGUGGAUUCAGAAGAUACCUGCUACCAGUUCCCAGCAAAUGGGACACAUCGUGGCACCAUCGGCCCAUAAACUAAGUCCUCCUUUCAUGAAUCAAAAUACACUGUGCCCUAGGAUGCUUGUUCCUGGAAGAAGAAAGGGAUAGAUUUGUGCCAGAUUAAAAACACAUGUCUUUAGAGCUCCACUUUCCUGAAGUACUCAACCAUUCAGUUUUUAAUCUUUGAAGUUUGCAGAGUAAUUUAAGAUUUUAAUUUUCAUAGAUGUAUUACUUUGAAAGUAUCAAAUAAGAGGAAUUUAUUUUAUUACUACUGAUUAUUGCAUUAGUGUCAGCCAAUAGCAGAGACACUAGUUCAAAACUAGAGAUAUUGUAUUAUGCAGGAGCUUUAGUAAUGGUGCUACUGAGUUGUAAUUUAAAUACUAGUGUAUUGUUUCAUUAUUAAAACUGCCUCUGUGCACAGCACUACCACCUUCAAAUUAUUUUAAAGAGAUCCUCUUUUUACUAACCAGAGCAUCUUAACUGGCAAAUGGUUUAUUCAUUAGAAAGUGAUCUGGUACAAUACCAUUAUCAACUUAGAAAUGUUUUCACAAACAGAGUGGGCAGGAAAGCCAGGAGUGGCAGUGUCUGUCCCUUUAAUAGCAUAGAAAGACGUGAAUACCUACCCUAGUCUACAACAUAGACCUUUUCCGAAUAUGUUAAGCCCUGAACCUUUAGUGUACCACAGUGGCGUUUACCAUAGAGGUGUUAAAUCCCUAACUACAGUGGGAGUUGAAUAUACCAGGAUAGUAGAUAAAAUGUACUCAGUUAUGUUCUACAAAGUCAGGGUGUGUAGUUAGUAAUCAGACCUGAUUGAUUUGGAAUACAUUUUGCCUCAGAAAGUUGUAUUUGUUUUGUAUAAAAAAAAAAACUGUUCAACCUAUAUUUUAAACAAAAUAGCAUUUUGUUACUGAUACUAAUCCAGUGUUUUUUUAAACUUUAUGGAUUAGAUGAAAAUAGUGUGAUAUACAAAAUGAUUGGAGUAAGCCAAUUAUUUUGAGAAUAAAUGUUUUUGUAGAAUGGAAUGCCAAGGGCAGAUUAACCCAUUCCUUGUUUUGGAAAAAGAUUUUUUGAAAAAUUUCAAAGGAAAGAGCAAAAUUACAGAAGUGGAGGACAGCACUGAAAAAAAAAAACCAAGACAAAUAUGAGAUCUGUCCUUAAGGGAAAAAAGUGUAAUUAACUAAUUUCUAUUGUGACAUGAACACUUGAAUCUUUUAUUACCUGGCAAAAAUAGCAGCCCAUUUGUAAGGGGAGCAAUAAUCACGACUGUAAAGUUUCUUGUGAAGCUGGGCAUAUUUAACAAAACAGACUAGCAAGAGUUUCAUUUCAUCUCAGGGAGAGAUUUUAAGCAAGCCGAGGCCAUAGACCUAAUUUUAAAAGCUCUGAUUUACAUUUUCUGCACCUUCAACCAUCUCUGCACACAUGUUCAAGCACUGCUGGUGUGCGUGCACACACACAGAUUCCCUUUGAAGAUGAGUUAUGAUUUUGUCCUGAACUUGUCAAUUGUGCUCUUUUGCCAAAUGUUCAAUCAUCAAUAUAGAGAAUAAUCUUAAAGUCGAUUAGAUUCAGACUAUUUGUCACUGCAAUAAAUAAAUUUUACCAGUCUGUCAGAUCUUUAAAAAAAAAAAACAUAUAUACAUACACAUACAUACAUACACAUACACACACACACACAUUUUCAUGUCACUUUUACUUCAAAAAUUAACCACAACCAUUUGAUUAUCAGAAGAGCUGAAAAAGAUUUUGCAUUCAGUUUAAUAUUAAGUUGUGAAUGCCAACCACAGGAGAAAAAAGGCUAGAUUUUUACAUGGAUAUAUACUGUUUUAUGCAACAUAGCAAAAUUAACUUUUAGCGUAGUGUUCCUACCUCAGUCUGUAGUAAAUGGUGUUUCUAUGCAGUGAGUGAUAGUCUUAAACUAAACAUUUUUCAUCCUAGGUUAAAGAUGCAGUAUUCCAUUGUUUUAAUUGCUAAUACUAUUUGUUUGUCAUAACAAUACAUCAUCAUUCAGUGACAGGUGCAGCUCCAAUAUGUUGUACUUUAAACAUUUUCAUUUUUCAAAAAACACAAGAUAUAUUAACCUUGAAAAACUUUUGCAUCAAUCUGCUUUUAGAAUAGUAAUAAAUACCAUACCUUGUUUAACCUUUUACUGUUUUCACCUAGCAUUUUAUCCUAAAACCAUGACAAUUAGUUAUUUUUAAUCUUACAUUUUUCCCCCUGUGCCAUAUAUUUAAUGUUUUGCUAGCUGUUAGUUGUAUCUGUCCUUUGUAUAAAACAUUGUUUCCAUAGUUCUUAUAUCAGAGGAAGCAAAACUCUUAAAAAAGAAAAGUGUACUGCAUCUUUAAAGCAGUAGAGGGUAAAAAUACCAGAAAAUGUGAAUUUCUUAGUUUUCAUAGAAGUUAACUUUCAUGUGCCAAAUACUGCAAGUUACUUUUUCCCCCUCCAAAAUAAUGUACCUUUUUCUACAUAUUCAAUAUGUAGUUAGCAUAAAAUCAUUGGUGUCAUGAAAAGUAUUUUUAAAUUUAAAUAAAUAUUUAAGUAUCAUGAAAACAAGAGUUGGCAUUUUUUAUUUUUAAAUAAAUUGCUCGUUUGACUGGUGAUAGUUAAUAUUUUACAGCUCCAACAAGUUUUACUUGAUCAAGAACUGAAAAAAUUGGCCCUUAAACACAAUGGGUCCAAAUUCUGCACCCUCAAGUUACGCUAACUUCCCACUGGGGGGAAAAAAAAAAAUCAAUGCAGAAUUUGGCCCUUUAAGCAGAGAAAUUCCAAAAUUACAAACACCGAUAAGCCUAAUGCAAGCAUUUCACUGUAUCAUUAUAUGCAUCUGCAUGGCUUUUAAUAAUUUUGCCUUCAUCCUUGUUGACUCGCUUUGUUUUCUAAAAAUCCAUCCUUUGAAACAUUUAACUUAACCAAAGAGCUGAUUCAGGCUACAUUAUACACAUGUAUUACUGCCAGAAUGAAGCUGACCCCAUAUAGAAAGAUGAAUCUAACAAAUCAGAAAUACAGGCACACUUACCACCUUCUGAUCCCUCUUCCUGUUCUGCUGGGCAUGGCUAACUGAUCACAAUUCAACUCAUUACACACUGCUUAUAUGCAGAGUGUGAAUACCAAAGCACUUGCAUUUUGAAGCAACAGCAAUUAAGCAGGACUGAAAAUGGCUCUCAGAUCCAGCUUCAAGAGUGAAGGCCAAGCCAGGCUGGAAAUUUAAGGCAGAAAAUGGCACAACGUUUUUGCUUACCUACUGCAGAGGUUAUUCUGUAACAGAGUGGUGAGAUGGUGUGUUAAAGUGACCUCAUUUCAGCUGACUUUUGCAGGACUCACUUAUCCCUUAAAAUCAGAAGUGCCUUAGACUUGAGCAAUGAAAGUUUAUUCCACAUUGUAGUUUGUGGGGUGAAUCAGGUAUCAGUGGAACCCUUCUGCCAGGUAGUGAAGGCAGCAACAAGCAACAGGUUCUUCUUUAUACAUAUCAGAACUGGCCUGACACACACCCACUCUGUUCCCUGCCCCCAGCAAUCUAGGAAAACUAACCACCACCCUGGGUACCUCCAAGAGGUAAUACUUCCUCACUUGCAAAUACUUCCUCACUUGCGUCUGUGUAUAACACAAGAAAACUUUUAUUAAAGAAGAAAACAGCAUUAAAUUUGGAAAAACCCCGCAACGGUGAUUUGAAAGUAGUAAAACGCCCACCUCAUAGUAUCUUGGGCAGUGUCCUUGUUGUCUGAUUCUCACCUGGUGCUGUUCAAGGGACGAAGGUCUCUACCAUGCCACUCUCCUUUUUCCUCCUCUGGAAACCCACUCGUGCUGUCUGAGGUCAGCAAUGGCCCCAGAUUCCAGGGACGUGUCUGGUGGGGUUCACCGCUUGCUCCUGAGGGGUGGGGGUGGUGGCCUGCCAGUAUCUCUGCUAUUAUUUGUCACUGCCACACCUCCCCAGAAGUAAUGGUGGCAGCGAUGUUCUCAGGUUCAUCCAGUUCUCGGUGAUCUCAGCUCUUCAGUGAUUUCACAGGAUAGCCAGGAACCUCUGCUGCUGCCUCUCCUGCAUUGUCUUUUCACCACAGCACUGUCUCUGUGCCAGGGCUAAGGUAAGGGCCCGCAGGUCAGCAUAUCACGGAGAAGGAGCCAGGCCUCUCCAAUGCGUCUAGUCAGCUGUCUUAAAACAGUGAUGGGGGAGGAUGAAAUGGCUUCUGACAGCCUUUAAGCCCGGUUGUGUGGACCUAUUUAAAUACCCCCGACUCUUACAUUUGGCAUCACUACUCCUGACAGUGAGUGAGGUUAAAGUUAGGGUGACACCCCCACCCCAAUUAGGGCUCACUAAGGAUAGUCUGGCUGCCUUAAGACUGAAUGCAGUGGUAAUGAAAUGUUAUCCUUACUGUGUGACUAGAGGGAAUUUUAACCCAAAACAGCCACAAUCGAUCACUUCAGCAAUGCAGGUCUGUCUGCUGAUCCCCUUGGCAGAAUAAGUGUCUCUGCAAAGAGGUGGCUCUGAGGUCUUUCCCCCAGUUCACCACUCACUGUCAGGGGAGAGCUCAUUCAGCCUCUGCUUACACAUAGGUGAAAAUGAAAGAGGGCCAAGCAGGGAGUGCAAGUCUUCACCCACAGCUCUAAACUCUUUCAGACACAGCUUCUCCUGAGCAGAAGGGCCUGUGGCCACUGAUUCCUCGGCUCCCAGGCAGCUCCACUCCUUCCUUUCCAGACCUCUUUGUGCCCUUGGAGGAAAGAAGAGGAGGGCAGUGAGCUGUGGCCCAGAGCAGAGUAGGGGGUAUCUAUGCAAAGAGGUUUAGAGGUCCUACCCUGCAAAACACAGUCUGAGAAUAUGGUGCAGUGAGGCUGAACCUGCCUCCGCUGAGAGGUUUGACCCAGACCAUCUCCCCUCGGCCCAGUAACUCGUUAUCUCCUGUUGCCAAGAAUUCUCUCAAUUCUCAGGAAAAAAAAAAAAAAUCACCCACAUCUGGGACAGCCUUGGGCCAUCAAGAACAAGCUGAAAGCAGGACCAGAAACACAAUGCCCUCCUUCUGAAGUCUGAGCCCAUUCACACAAUAGUGUUAUGAACACAGAGCAGUUCUGCAACUCUGACCCCUUGCCCUUGCUGGAUGCUAAGGGAGUGUGUGUGAAACAUCUGCAGCCCCCUCAUAAAAGGGGCUGUUCCUGUCAAAGGCGGCGAUGAUGAUCUAGCAUUCAUAUUAGAAGGUGCAAUACUACAACCAAUACUAAAAGAAACUCACCCCAUCCUCUCUGUAUUUAGGCCGUUGUGUCCUAGCUCAGUUGUAGAAAGUGAACUUUCUGGGGCAUGGACUGUUGUCUGUGUUACAGAUGUACAGUGCUUCCAACAAUGGGACCUUAAUCCCUGAGACAAGUUUGAAGGUGCUACCAGAACAGCAAACGCACACAGUGACCCCCAGCUCUACAUCUCUCAACAUUAUCUGUGAAAUUUCAUCAAAGUGCUGUUUACUUCCAUCUCCAAAUAUCAGUGAAGAGGUUAAAUAAAAUUACAGUUCCCACCUAAUGCAGCAUCCUAAAACAACUGAUCAUCUCAAUGUAUUGCUAUUUAUCAUCUUCUUUACCCAAUUCUCAGAGCACCUGACAACAUUGAUUGAUACACACACCAAUAUUAAACAAUUCUGGGAGUAACAUUUCAUGGCCCAGUGUCAGACAUUUUACUAAACUAAUAUGUUUUAUUGAAAACACAGACUAUGUUGUAUAGUAAGCUUAAGGUAAACUUCAGGAAAGCCACAAUCAUGAUGUAUUACAUCAAAAGAGCAAGUUGAGGCCCAGUCUAGAAAAGGUCUAAUGUUAAAACUAUAUGUGAUAAAUAUUUGUUAAAGGUCAUACUUAAAAUGGCUUUAGGAAAUAGGACUUUUUAUUAUGGAUGCAGCUUUUCCCGUACUUGAAUACACAUGACUCACCAUAGGUUGAUGUGGUAGGACUGCUACAGAUAUAAUAUUUGGAACUUCAAAAAAAA